AUGAGCAAGAGGAGCGAGAAGAGAGAGGAGCGAGAAGAGAGAGGUGCGAGAAAAGUGAGUAGCGAGAAGAGAGAGGAGCGAGAGGAUCGAGAAAAGACAUGUGAGAGAAAAGAGAGGAGAGAGAGGAGCGAGAAGAGAGAGGAGCGAGAAGAGAGAAGGGCGAGAAGGGCGAGAAGAGAGAGGAGCCAGAGGAGUGAGAAGAGAGAAGAGCGAGAGGAGAGAGGAGCGAGAAGAGAGAGGUGCGAGAAAAGAGAGGAGCGAGAAGAGAGAGGAGCGAGAAGAGAGAGGGGCGAGAAGAGAGAGGAGCGAGAAGAGAAAGGAGGGAGAAGAGAGAGGAGCGAGAAAAGAGAGGAGCGAGAAAAGAGAGGAGCGAGAAAAGAGAGGAGAGAGAGAGGAGAGAAAAGAGAGAAGGGCGAGAAGAGAGAGGUGCGAGAAGAGAGAGGAGAAAGAAGAAAGCGGAGCGAGAAGAGAGAUGAGCGAGAGAAGCGAGAAAAGAGAGGAGUGAGAAAAGGGAGGGGCGAGAAAAGAGAGGGGCGAGAAAAGAGAAUUGCGAGAAAAGAGAGGAGCGAGAAAAGAGAGGGGCGAGAGGGGCGAGAAGAGAGAAAGGAGCGAGAAAAGAGAGGAGCGAGAAGAGAGAGGAGAGAGGAGCGAGAAAAUGAGCGUAGAGAGGAGCGAGAAAAGAGCGUAGAGAGGAGCGAGAGGAGAGAGAGAGGAGCGAGAAAUGAGAGGAGAGAGAGGAGCGAGAAAAGAGAUGAGCGAGAGGAGCGAGAAAAGAGAGGAGCGAGAAAAGAGAGUGGCGAGAGGAGCGAGAAAAGAGCUGAGAGAGGAGCGAGAAGAGAGAGGUGCGAGAGGAGCGAGAAGAGAGAGGAGUGA